GUGGGGGGUGAGGAAGAUAAAAAGACCAGUAGAGAGGAGAGAGAGUAUGCAAGAAAGAGAGGGAAAGAAAGAGAAGGAGAAAGAGAGAGGUGGUUAGAGAGAAAGAAAGCUUCCAUAACAGUGGCUGAAUCUGAGGUGAACUGAAAACCUUGAAGGAGUCUCGACCGAACGCUGGACUUGCCUGCUCUGCUAUCAAGUACCUGAAUGCUACUCUACUGCUGAGAGAUAGAGAGAGAGAGGAAGAAGAAGAAGAGGAGAGGGAGUGAGAUAUAGAUAGAGGAGACACUCUGAGGAGCAUGCAGGCAGUAUAAAGAGGAAGGGAAGGGCAGAGGCUCUGAGCUGAAGACCCAGAGGAAUCCCAGGUGAAGCCUGAAGACUGAAGCCUGAUCCCCAAGCCUGUAGAGGCAUGGGCAGCUACUGAGGCAGAGCGGAGCGCACUGGAGCCAGGAAACCCCGGGAGGACAGAGCCGGCGCAGUCCUCUCCUCUUCCCUCCUUUCCUCUCCUUUCCUCUCCUCUCUCGUCUCUCCCUCUCUUCUCCCCCUCUCCUCUCCUCUCCUCUCCACUCCUCUCUCUUCUCCCCCCAGCUCUUCACCUCUCUGCUCCUCUCCUCCUCUCUCCUCUCCCCCUCUCCUCUCCUCUCCUCCUCCCUCUGCUGCCCUCCAGCCCACGCAGUUUCCUCAGCUGCGCGCCACUUGUGCGUUCCCUGUGAAACUCCCAUCAUGCACCGGGGCACAGCUCUGCGGGGAGCGCUGCCCAUGCUCCUGGUGCUCCUGCUCUCCACCUGCGCUGCUGAGGAGGCGCAGGGAGAGAGCCCCGCUUUCAGCAACAACACACCGGAGUCCGUUUCCUCAGACUCAGCGCUGGUUAACCCUCGGAACUCCUGGCUGGUUUUCAAGCGAAACUCCAACAAGGGGGACAACAAGAGGACCAAGUCCACCAAAAAGACCUCCAAGCAUGGCAUCCCUGGCCCCCCAGGUCCACCGGGCCCCCAGGGGCCCCCCGGCCCCCCUGCUCCUUCGCCCCUGGAACAGGCUGACCUGUUGAAGGAGUUUCGUCUCAGGCUGAAAGAGGUGACAGCCACCAGUGGGCCAUUGGAGGGAGUUACUCAGUGCCAGGUGUGUGAACAGCUCCCCCGUGUGGACACUGCGUUCCACUGCCGCCUGCUGAACGACCUUCCCAUUCCCCGUCGCAGUCUGCAGGAGCUGCAGCCCUUCAGCAUUCCCCCAGACUCCCAGCAGCAGUUCCAGAGGGGCCAGGACUUCAACAGGAGCAGUGGUCGAUACACAGCGCCUGUUUCUGGGUUCUACCAGCUCACCGCCAGCCUCCUCAUAGAACCCAGUGACACACAGCGCAGGCCCGCUGCCCGGCAACGGGACUGCGUGACGGUCUCCAUCUGCAUCGAGUCCCUCUGUCACAGCAACAUGUCUCUGGAAGCCAUGUCGGGAGUUGGGGACUCAGGGGGUGUUUUCAGCAUCCUGGUGACUGGCACACUGUUCCUGCAGACUGGCGAGUACGCGUCUGUCUUUAUUGACAACGGAACAGGAUCAGCACUCACAGUCCAGAAGGGGACUCUGUUCUCCGGAAUCCUGCUGGGCAUCUGAAUCAAUCAACAGAGCAACACACACACACGCUGACAGGCACACACAUACCUACCUUUACAGACAUGAACUGAUCAGAGAGCAGCCUUAUUUUUGGAAGAUAUGACAUCAUGAGGCAGAAACAGCUGUGACAGCGCAGAGAGGACUGGGUGGAGGGCAGCUCGGUCUUGCACAGUCAAUCCUCAGACUGCCCACUGAUGUUUCCAUGGAAACCCCCCCCCCUCCCAUUUCCAACAGCUGGAGCACCACAUUUAGUUUGUAAAUACAUGGGAAUGGCUUCAGAGUGUGUGUAUAUAGAGAUGUAUUUUUCCAGUUCUAACCUGAUUUUAAUAAGCAUAUCAGCCAAAAUAAAGCCAUUGUAUUUAUUUGC